GAAUACGGGAGGAGGGUAAACUUUUUUUAUGUGUUAGCGCAUUCCUUAACUUUCUUUAGUCUGCAGUUGGGCUGUCAGAAAAACUGGGUAUGGAAGAUCGCUUUGCAGCUGGGCGGGCUGUCGACGAGGCAACAUCACAGCAAGAUCAAAAUAAGACAGAAGGCACGGUCAUCUCCGCCCACCAUGGAAGCAUCAUCAAUGCAAACCAUUUUAAUAAUGUGCACAUAAAUAAUCUUACUCUCACCACAAGCUGUACAUAUGUUCCAGGUCAGACAGACCAAGCUAAUGUUGUCACUCCCAAACUGGAAGAGAACAUCCAAAGUUGUCAAGAUGAAUUAAAACGCUACCUUCGGUCAAGAACAGAGACUCUGUUUCCAGGAAUGGCAGAAGAAUCAUCGAACCUUUCUUUAAACAAAACCUAUACAGAGCUGUACAUCACAGAGGGAGGCAGUGGUGAAGUCAACAGGGAACAUGAGAUCAUUGAGCUGGAGUGCACAAGGUGUACAAACGAAGAAAGAAAAAUCCAUCUCAAUGAUAUUUUCAAGGUUUUACCAAAUGAAAAGUAUCUCCCAAAAAGAGUUCUGACUAAAGGAAUCGCUGGUAUUGGAAAAACAGUGGCUGUUCAGAAAUUCACUCUGGACUGGGCAGAUGGAAAAGCCAACCAUUUCUUCCAUUUUGUAUUUCCCUUCACAUUUAGAGAUCUAAACUUGAUAAAUGAGAAAAGUGUCAGUCUUAUUGAUUUAAUAUGUGACUAUUUUGAAGAGGUCCGGGAUUUGAAAGAUUCAGUAUACAAGCAAUCUAAUCUUUUGUUCAUCUUUGAUGGCCUGGAUGAGAGCAAAUAUCCUCUGAACUUUGAGAAAAACGGGAUGUGUCGCAGUGCUACAAAGACUACAACAGUUGACGUAAUACUCACAAACUUAUUCAAAGGGACACUGCUGCCAAAUGCUUCGGUCUGGAUCACAACUCGACCAGCUGCAGCCAAUAAGAUUCCUCCAAAUUGCAUUAACAUAGUGACAGAGGUACGAGGCUUUAAUGACGAGCAAAAGGAGGAAUACUUUCGAAAGAAUAUCAGUGACAAGAAUGUUGCUCAAAGGAUCUUAGAUCAUCUUCUGUCGAAACCUUUGAGAAGUCUUUACAUCAUGUGCCACAUUCCUAUUUUUUGUUGGAUUUCAGCCACUGCACUUCAGAGCCUUCUGUCAAAUCAGGAUCAAAAUGAACUCCCUAAAACGUUAACAGAAAUGUAUAUGCACUUCCUGAUCAAACAGACAGAGUUGAAAAAACGAAAAGAUUACCACGGAGGUGAUCCGGACAAAGAUAUGGUCAUGAAAUUGGGAAAACUGGCAUUUGAACAGCUGGAAAAGGGGAACAUUAUCUUCUGUGAAGAAGACUUGAAAGAAUGCAACAUUGACCUGAAACAAGCUGCUGUUUAUUCCGGUGUUUGCACACAGAUCAUAAGAAAAGAAAGCGGUCUUCACAAAACGGAGGUUUACUCUUUUAUACAUUUAAGUGUCCAGGAGUUUCUUGCAGCUCUGUAUGUACACAAGACCUUCGUAGAGCAUGGGGAAAAUCUUCUCACCAAAAGAAAAGUGAAAGUGGUGUCUGUGGCGGGAAAAACUCCGGUUACAUCUCUACAUCGGAGUGCAGUGGAUAAAGCUUUGGACAGUGAUUAUGGACAAUGGGACUUGUUCUUACGGUUCCUGCUGGGUCUGUCUCAAGAUAAAAACCAGGAGCUUCUUGAGAAAGUUUUUGACCCUAAAGUCAUACUUCCACAGAGCCGCGAGGAGACAAUCAUCUACAUUCACCGUAAAAUAGAGAAGAUGUCAUAUACCAACCAGGGCAUUAAUCUAUUCCACUGUUUAAAUGAGUUGGGAGACCAAUCUCUUGUGGAGCAAGUCGAAAAGUUCUACAAGUUGGGGGAUGUCAGUAAGAUUUUACCGGCCCACUGGUCGGCUCUGGCUUUCGUGCUGCUUGUUUCCAAUGAUGACUUGUCUGUUUUUGACCUGAAAAAGUAUCAUGGAUCUGAUGCAGUUCUAGAGAGGCUGCUACCAGUGCUCAAAGCAUCAAGGACAGCUUUGUUAAGUGAGUGUAACCUCACUGACAGGUGCUGCAGUAACAUUUCUUCAGCUCUCACCAUGAAGUCUGGUGGCCUCGAAGUGCUGGAUUUAAGUGGAAAUCGUCUGUACGACUCUGGAGUAGAGCUGCUGGCUGACAGCCUAAAGAGUCCCAACUGCAAACUUAAAGGACUCCGAUUAAAACAGUGUGGCAUGACAACAGAAGGAUGUCAGCAUUUGGCCAGAUGUAUAGCUUCCAAUCCAUCUCAUCUGAGGGAGCUGGAUCUCAGCAAUAACACAUUUGGUGAUGAGGGAAUGAAGCUUCUUUCUGAUGUAUUCAGGACAUGCUGUUUGGACACUCUGAGAUUAAAACAGUGUGGCAUGACAACAGAAGGAUGUCAGCAUUUGGCCAGAUGUAUAGCUUCCAAUCCAUCUCAUCUGAGGGAGCUGGAUCUCAGCAAUAACACAUUUGAUGAUGAGGGAAUGAAGCUUCUUUCUUAUGUUCUCAGGACAUGCUGUUUGGACACUCUAAGGGUGUCUCAGUGCGGUCUUAAGGCAAAAGGAUGCACAGACCUGGCAUCCGCUCUUUACUCCAAUCCAUCGUACCUAAAGAACUUGGAUCUGAGCAGGAACAGCUUCGAUAGAACAUCGGUGGAUCAGCUUUCUGACUUCCUGAAGCACCCUGACUGCCAGCUGCAACGAUUGUGGCUGUCUAAAACCAACUUACAAAGAGAAGGUGCAGCUGUUCUGGUCUCAGCUAUGAACCCGAUUCACCUGAAGGAAUUAGACCUGGGAGCCAAUCAAAUAGGUGAUGCUGGGGUGCAGGAAAUUUCUGCACUGCUACAGAGCCCAGACAGCAAAAUUGAAGCCCUGAGACUUGCAGAUUGUUGCUUUGAGGAUAAAGGCUGUGCUGCGUUGUUGUCAUCUCUGUUGACAAACCCGGCCCAUUUAAGAGUCCUGAAUCUGGAAUGGAACAUCAUUAAAGAGGAAAGUGUUGAAAAACUCUCAGCAUUCUUGGAAAACCAAAGCUGUCAACUGGAGAUACUAAACCUGAGCUGCUACUUUACAACACCAGAUGAAUGCAAGCAUCUGAUUUCGGUUCUUAGCCGCUGCUCUUCCCUCCAAGAGCUCAUCCUCUCGCACAACCCCAUCACCAGCGAGAGCAAGAAGCUGGUGUGUGAUUGGUUGAGCAAAGCCGAAUGUAAACUAGAGGUGCUGAGGUUUUACUAUGUGGAAGAGUUCACCGGAAUACCGCUGGAAGUAACUCUGAAGUCAAACCCUCCACACCCGAAAGAGCUGCAGAUGGUCAUAUGUGGUCAAAUAAAUCAGGUCUGAAGAUGCUGACUGAUUUAUAGACGAACAAUUUCAAACUGAUUGUGGCAGACCACCUCAGGGACACUGACAGAAAAAAAUCAUGAAAUCAGGGCUCUUUUUAAAUGUAUGCCUGCUUGACCAUCACAUGCAUUUAUUCUCCUUUUUAAAGAAUGUCUUUCAGUUUGUUCAUCAAAUAAAUAUAGUCUUCAGGAAUCCUCAGACUUGAGAAAGUCUAUAAACUGAAUAUCUGUGACAUUUUCUUUUCAUUUGCUGGUUUAGUGCAGAAUACGGGUACAGUUUAAAGGUUUUGUAUGACACCACUUUUUGACAAUCUCAAGUCAACAUAAAUAUAUUUUUGCCCACUGAAUAAUCAUGUGUUAGCAGAGUUUCAAGGACGUUCAAUACCUCUGGGAUGACAUUAUGAUGUUUGCAUAUUUGGGUACAGCCCGGAGGAACCUAAAAGCUGUAAGGCAAGACAAAUUUAUUUAUAUAGCACAAUUCAGUACAGAGACAAUGCAAAGUGCUUCACAUGAUUAAAAUA